GCCAGUUAGUUAGGACCAGACUCAUUUCACCUUCACAAAGACUCUCUCCCGUCCCAAAUCUCCGUCGUCGGCGCCGGUGAUUUACGAGUGACAGGAGAACUAACUAAGAUGAGCCGUUCCCAAUCGACCAGGCGAGUUCAGAUCGGCGAAUCUCAGCGCAUUCGCUACGACGACGAGGAGGAAGAAGAAGAAGAAGAACGUCCCCGUGAAACCCCUUCCGGAACUCCAGAUGAGAGGGAAAACAGCUUUAAGCUCAGGGCUCAGGAAGGAAAAUUGACGGAAGAUCAGGAACCCUUCAUGGGAGUCAAAGUUCGCCGCAAAGCUUCUAUUCUCAGAGAUUAUCGGGGCGAUUACAUCAAUGUUCCUUCUCGUUCCUAUAUCAUGAAGAUCCUCGAGAAACAAGGUGAUAAAAAGGUCCUCUUUGCUGAUAAAGUUUUGAAGUUCACCAGCACUGGAAAAAUGAAGAAACAGAUACUUUUAAUCACAGACUACGCCAUUUACACGCUUGACCCUACCACAGAUGCCCUUAAGAGAAGGAUUGCCCUGGCUGCGGUUGAAAAGCUUUCCUUAAGCGAGCUAAGUGAUAAUUUCAUUGCGAUUAGCAUACCAACUGAGUAUGAUAUGCUCAUGGCUAGUACCCGAAAGACUGAAAUUGUUACCAUUUUGGUGGAAGCUAUAAAGGAGUCAUCAAACUAUGAGCUGGAGGUGCAUUUUGCCAAUAAGUUUGAGUACCUGGCAGCAGCUAAUAUUGAGAAGGAAGUUAUAUUCGAAGAAGUGGAAGGUGGUGUAAGAACAAGAAUGGUUCGCAAAUGAGAUGUAUUGGCAAUUGAUGACUCAAUGUUAAGAUGGAGCAAGUUAGUUUCCUCCUUCUUUCAUGUCCACGAAAAUUGCUUCAAUUCACACCAUUAUUUGGUAAACUAAGAUUAGGUCUUGGCUUUACGAGUUCAAUUGAUCAGGAUCUGGUCUAUAGGAUUGUACAUCUGUAUCCGUGUUUAGUUCUUGGCUUGUUGCAUAUUUGAGGUUCUGUUGUUAUCAGAGUAUCGUUUAUCAAAAUGAAUUUCGUAAAUUAUGUACAAAUAUUUUGUAUUGCUUGCAAAUUUAUUAUCAGUAUAAGUAAAUGAAGUUACGACUAUUACAUUGAGAAUA